ACGCGACUUCCGCGUUCAUGAACCCUAUCCACUGGCAGUGUACUAAUUGGGGCAAUUUGCUCAGUCUGUGAUUCUCAUCCUACUACCGCUCUCUUCACAAGACUCACUUGAACUCUGGAGACAUGUGGUUGUCUGAUGCGCAAAAAAUUGGCGUGGCCCUCACGACCUUUGGAACACUAUUCAUGUUCCUAGGCGUCAUGAUGUUCUUCGAUGCUGCUUUGCUAGCACUAGGAAAUAUGCUCUUCUUGUCUGGUCUCACCUUGAUUAUUGGCCCUCAAAAGACAUUCUACUUCUUCGCACGAAAGCAGAAGCUUCGUGGAACAGCAUGCUUCAUUGGUGGUAUUCUGCUCGUGUUCAUGAAGUACGCAUUCAUUGGAAUGAUCGUCGAGAUAUUUGGCUUCUUGAAUCUGUUUGGCGACUUCUUCCCUGUGGUUGUGACAUUCCUGCGUCAAUUGCCCUUCAUUGGCAACCUAUUGUCGUUGCCAUACAUUCGACCUAUCGUAGAUCGUAUAGCAGGUGCAAGGACGUCGGCUGUGUGACACAUCAUACAGGCUCGCCCAGUAUCAGAUACUCAUUCGGAAUUACAACGGCAUUACAAACAAUCGUCUCAAUACAUGUGCAUGGGAUAAUAUCUGGGUGGUAGUGAAUGCCUUAUACUAAUUGAGAGGGUCGUGUUAUCCUCUUCCUCCAUUAUAAUCGAGCUCUCCCACUUCUCAUACGACCACAAUCAAUUCGUCACUGGAUACCCUCUUUUCAUCGUUUGAGCGUGCUUUAGCGUCACCGGGGAGCUUGGUUAGACAGCAAUCAGCUGCG